UGAUUUUUCGCGGGCUUUGGCAGUCACGUGGUCGUUUCGCGCGAAAAGCGACUCAGUCCGGACAGGAAGAAGAAGAAGGAGUUUAAUCAGCAGCAGCAGAGAGAGACACAACAGCAGCGAUGGCGGAUUCCUCCGAGUCGUUCCACAUGGCCACCAGCCCCAGCCGGCCCUCCCGCCGAGGAGACCUGACCUCCAGCCCGGGUCGAGACCUGCCGCCCUUCGAGGACGAAUCCGAGGGUCUGCUGGGCGAAGGACCGCUGCCCGGAGAGGAGGAGGAGGACGGAGACGGGGAGGAGCUGAUCGGAGACGGGAUGGAGAGGGAUUACCGAGCGAUCCCGGCUCUGGAUCAGUACGAGGCCGAAGGUCUGGACCUGGACGAUGAAGAUCUGUCGGAGCUGUCGCCUGGAGCUCGAGCUGCAGCCGAGGAGGCGAUGAGGAGGAGAGACCGGGAGCAGGGAGUCAGCGGGAGGCUGAGGAGAGGACUGCUCUACGACAGCGAAGACGAAGACGACGGGCGUCCGGCUGCUCGGCGAAGGCGAUUGGCUGAGCGAGCGGCGGAGGGCGUCGCCGAUGGAGACGAGGAGGAAAUGAUCGAGAGCAUCGAGAACCUGGAGGACAUGAAGGGCCACACCGUCAGGGAGUGGGUGUCCAUGGCGGCUCCUCGCCUCGAGAUCUACAACCGCUUCAAGAACUUCCUGCGGACCCACGUGGACGAAAACGGACACAACGUGUUCAAGGAGAAGAUCAGCGACAUGUGCAAAGAGAACAAGGAGAGUCUGGUGGUGAACUAUGAAGACCUGGCAGCCAGAGAACACGUUCUGGCUUAUUUCCUCCCAGAAGCUCCCACUGAGAUGCUGAAGGUUUUUGAUGAAGCGGCUAAAGAAGUUGUCCUGGCCAUGUACCCCAAAUACGACCGCAUCGCCCACGAGAUCCACGUCCGCAUCUGCAGCCUGCCGCUGGUGGAGGAGAUCAGAUCGCUGAGACAGCUCCACCUGAACCAGCUGAUCCGGACCAGUGGCGUGGUGAGCAGCUGUACUGGAGUUCUUCCUCAGCUGGGGAUGGUCAAGUACAACUGUAACAAGUGCAGCUUCGUCCUCGGUCCGUUCUUCCAGUCCCAGAACCAGGAGGUGAAGCCGGGCUCCUGUCCAGAGUGUCAGUCCCAGGGGCCCUUCGAGAUCAACAUGGAGGAGACGGUUUAUCAGAACUACCAGAGAAUCACCAUCCAGGAGAGUCCAGGGAAAGUGGCUGCCGGUCGCCUGCCCAGAUCCAAAGACGCCAUCCUGCUGGCCGACCUGGUGGACAGCUGCAAGCCCGGAGACGAGAUCGAUCUGACUGGAAUCUACCACAACAACUACGACGGCUCCCUGAACAUGGCCAACGGCUUCCCCGUCUUCGCCACCGUCAUCCUGGCCAAUCACAUCACACGACGGGACGAAGGCGUCGCCGUGGCCGAGCUGACGGACGAAGACGUGAAGGCCAUCGUGGCGCUGUCGAAGGACGAACGCAUCGGAGAACGGAUCUUUGCCAGCAUGGCUCCGUCCAUCUACGGCCACGAGGACAUAAAGAGAGCUCUGGCUCUGUCGCUGUUUGGAGGAGAACCCAAAAAUCCCGGUGGGAAGCAUAAAGUCCGUGGAGACAUCAACGUGCUGCUGUGUGGAGACCCGGGAACGGCAAAGUCCCAGUUCCUCAAGUACGUGGAGAAGGUGGCGAGUCGCGCCGUCUUCACCACCGGUCAGGGAGCCUCGGCCGUCGGUCUGACCGCCUACGUCCAGAGACACCCGGUGAGCAGAGAGUGGACGCUGGAGGCCGGAGCUCUGGUCCUGGCCGACCGCGGCGUCUGUCUGAUCGACGAGUUCGACAAGAUGAACGACGCCGACAGGACGAGCAUCCACGAGGCCAUGGAGCAGCAGAGCAUCUCCAUCUCCAAAGCCGGCAUCGUCACCUCGCUGCAGGCCCGCUGCACCGUCAUCGCAGCCUCCAACCCCAUCGGCGGUCGCUACGAUCCCUCGCUGACCUUCGCUGAGAACGUGGAUCUGACUGAACCCAUCGUGUCGCGUUUUGACGUGUUGUGUGUCGUCAGAGACACGGUCGACCCCGUCCAGGAUGAGAUGCUGGCUCGCUUCGUGGUCGGUUCCCACAUCAAGCAUCAUCCCGGCAGCAAGGAGGCGGGCGUGGCGCUGGAGGAGGUGGUUCUGCCCAACUCGUCCGACGUCCCACCGAUUCCUCAGGAGCUGCUCAGGAAGUACAUCAUCUACGCCAAGGAGCGGGUCCAUCCCAAACUGAACCAGAUGGAUCAGGACAAAGUGGCUCGAAUCUACAGCGACCUGCGCAAAGAGUCGAUGGCCACCGGCAGCAUCCCCAUCACGGUGCGUCACAUCGAGUCCAUGAUCCGGAUGGCCGAGGCUCACGCCAAGAUCCACCUGAGGGACUACGUCCUGGAGGACGACGUCAACAUGGCCAUCAGAGUGAUGCUGGAGAGCUUCAUCGACACGCAGAAGUUCAGCGUCAUGAGGAGCAUGAGGAAGACGUUCGCCCGCUACCUGGCCUUCCGCCGAGACAACAACGAGCUGCUGCUGUUCAUCCUCAAACAGCUGGUGGCCGAGCAGGUGGCCUACCAGAGGAACCGCUACGGAGUCCAGAACGACACCAUCGAGAUCCCCGAGAAGGAUCUGAAUGACAAGGCGAGGCAGAUCAACAUCCACAACCUGUCUGCGUUUUACGACAGCGAACUUUUCCGCUCCAACAAGUUCAGCCACGACGGCAAGAAGAAGCUGAUCCUGCAGCAGUUCUGAGAGGUGCUGCUUCCGGAGGAGGUUUCAUCACCGUGGACGUUCUGGAAGCGUUUGGAGAAAACCGCCUCUGAACGUCGCAGCAGAUUGAACGACGUUUGAGGUUUUAUUUCUCAAAAAAGAGAAAACAGACGCAGCUGUGGAGGUUCUUCUGCUUCGUGUUUCUGCCCGUCGUUGGGUUGGAGGCGUUCGGGAGCGGCUCGUUGUAAAUAGAUGUACAUGAUUUAAUGUUCACUCACUGAGGGUUUCCUGCUCACAUGUAGAUGAAAUAAAAAGUGCUGAAGAGGUUAAAAUGUUGUCUUCAUGUCGGAUUGUUGCUCACUUUUGAUAAUAAACUUGUAUUUGUUAAA